CUCCAACCAUUGAGCUCGACCAAACCAUCCAAGGGAGAGAGAAGGAGCUUCAAAAUCACCUCCAUUGCUGCAAAUUUGAGCUCAAGCUUUAGUGCUCAAAGGAAGAAGAUUAAAGAGGGAAAAAGUUGGGAAAAGUGUGAACAAUUAAGGAACUUGUAAAGGGUAUUUCAAGUGAUUUCACAAAGUUGGAAAAAGUCGCCGGAGUUGUCGCCGGAGUUGACCAAGUCGCCGGAGUUUCACCGGAGUUCAACCAAGAAGGGUAGAACCUCAUAACGCUAGUUCAAGGUUGAAGCUAGGGCUUGCUACUUGCACCUUCUCACGGGUGAUAUCAUAUCGGGAAGACGUGGUUCGUGCUUCCUUAUUUUCUUUCAAACUACCAAACACUUGCUCAUGGAUAUUUGUUCUACUAUAAACUAUUUUUGGGGCUUGCAUGCCCAUGUUGUUGGCCGGUUGUGGCUUAUGACUUACCGUUGAAUAUUUCCGUUAUUCAUUGGUUUAAAUGUGAUGUUGUUAUGUAUGUUUACUACUGAGUAUGGAUGGAUUGUUUUCUCGAACGCCUUGUGUAAUUAAGUGGGGUUGACUCGCGGGUGACGUCACUUAAUUAUACGGCGGUUGUACACGCGCUUGGAUUGCGGUCUGGGGCGUGACAGAGCCCUUUAAAGCUCAGGCUGGAUUAGGCAUUUUUCCAUCCACGUCUACGAUGAGCCGAGUCAACGCUGCUUCGACUGCCGCCGGCCGUGAGCACAAGGGGCAUGACAAGCCCGGGAAGCCGCUCGUCCCCAAGGUCGAACAUCGGGUGACCAGGGCGCGAGCUGAUGACGCUUCGGGGGCCGGCGCCUCCAAGAGGCCAGGUGUUGAGGGCACCUCCUCCAAGGCCAUCAUCGUGGCCGAUGACUCCGAUGGGGAGCCCGGAAGUCCCCUCAAGCGGAAGCGCACUUCGCGGACCAAUCUCCGUGCCUCUCCUCCGAGGAAUUCCGACGUCCGCCGUCUCCGGGAUGAUGAUACCCCAACCGCCAAAGGUUCUGACGACGCCCGUCCAAACUCUCCCCCAGGAGCCAGUGAGUCUUCUCUUGGCCUGAUCGAGUUUUCUGGGGUUGGCCCCCGCAAGGAGUCUAUGAUGCUCUUCGGCCAGACAGCGUCCUCCAUCUGGUGCGGCCUGAAUCUCAAGGUCCCCCAAGAUUUUGCUGCUCAGGGGGCACCCGAAGACCUCCUGGAGUGUGGUCAGAGCACUCUGGACAAGGCCGGACUCUACUUUCACAGGGCUCGGAUGGCUUUUGAGCAUCAGGGCAGGGAGAUGGCCAGAGUCCGGGCUGAAUGUGACGCCCUCCUGAAGAAUGCAAAAGGCAGGGCCGGAACUCUUCAAGAGAAGGCCGAUGCAUACGACAAGCUCGUCCAGGUGAAUGCCUCUCAGAAGGAGCUCCUCAAGAAGCAGGAGGCCGAGCUUGUGGAUCUCCGCAGCCGGAUGUGGGCCGUAGAGCAGGCCAAGGUGGAGCUCCGCAGUACGGGCGUGGACAAUCAUGUCCCUAUAUACGAGGCCGAUGUCGCCAAGAUCAAAGAAUCCGGAUCCAUAGCGUUCCAAAAAUCCAAGGCUUAUACUGGCGCCAUUCACACCAUGGCCAUGAAGUUCCUCCCGAGGCUUGUUGGUGAGUUCUUGGCCACCUGCCCGGAUGCUUAUCUGGAUGGGGUCAAGUUACUUCAGGCCACCCCCACCGGGCGGCGUUUUCUCGAUGACCUCGCCGAUGAUACCUACCGUAAGGGUAUGGUUGGUUUGGUAGCGGAGAAUCUUCCGACGUUCGAGCGUCACUUCGGGGCUCCCUUCGACCCGGAGGCGGCUGGUUUUGACGUCCUGAUGGCAGAUGCCCAUGCGGGGGCCCUUGAGCUGCUGAAGGAGCAGGAGGAAGCCGAAGCUAGUGAAAAAUCCAAGCAGACUCUUUCCAAAGCUCCAGCUCCGGACGUCGAUCGGCAGUGAUUCUCCGUUCAUUACCUUGUACUUGUACAAUUUUUUCCAUUCUUUGCAUUGUUUCUUCGCACCUUGUAGUUCCCCG